UCUGCAUGCCAGAGGCAUUUGUAACCCGCCAUGAACAAAUCAUCGAAGAUGGCGUCCUUCAGCAGCGGCAUCAUGCUCUCCAGGAGCGAGGCGCAGCGGCAGAAGGGCGAUGAGUUGCGAAUGCGUGCCGCCGGCAUCGACCCCACCAAAGUGGAUGAGCAGUGGGCCGGCGAGGUCAUGUCAAGGCGCCAGAAGAAGGAGGCCAAAGUCGAUGAGGAGAUAGAGAAGGAGAAGCGGCUUGCUGCCGAGCUGCCUAUGGAGAAGAGCGAGGUGGUCAGCAAAAAACCGGAGGGCCGCCUGAAGUGGCUGCACAAGGGGCUGGUCCUGGCGGCGAAGGGCCGAAUACCGGCGCCGGCGAUCUUUGACAUCAUUCAAUCCUCCAAGUUCACCUCGGGCGUAAGCAGCAAGGUGGGCUUGCAGAUGAAGGGCAUGGUGCUGGCCAAUCUUCACCUUUUCAAAAAGGAGCAGCAGAAGAGCCUGCAGCACGGUAGGCUCAUGGACUUCUCCGUGGACGGCGCGGUCUCACGAGGAGGGUCCAGCGAGGACGACAAGAGGAAAAAGAAGAGAAAACACAGCAGUUACAGUAGCGAAAGCCGCAGUAGAAGCCGGAGCCGCAGCAGAAGCCGCAGCCGAAGCCGCAGCCGCACAGAGAGCCCGAAGAAGAAGAAGAGGAAGAAGGACAGGUCGGAAGAAGACGAGAAACCCAGGAAGGAGCCGAAGGCCAAAGAGAAGGAGAAGGAAAAGGAGAAGGAAAAGGAGAAGGAAAAGGAGAAGGAAAAGGAGAAGGAAAAGGAGAAGGACAGGGAUAAGGACAGGGACAAGGACGAUGAUGAUGGCAAAAAGAAGAAGAAAGAAAAGGUUAAGGACGAGAAAGCCAAAGAGCCAAAGUCCAAGGAGGAGAAGGCUGGCAAGGAGAAGCCAAGCAAGGAGGAAAAAACCAAGAAGGAGAAGCCACACAAGGAGGAGAAGCGGGAGAAAGCAGGGAAGGAGGAGAAGAGCAAGUCUAAGGCCGCCAAGGAGGCCGCGGCCAAGCUCGCGGCUGCGGAGGCUGAGGAGCUUGCACGGGCAAAGGAGGAAGAUGCUGAGGAAGACGCGGCAAGCGCAAGCUCCCACGAGGAGAAGGAUGCCCUGGACGAACGCUUUCCGCCGUCCGCGGCGCCGGCAGGUGCGCAGGGCACGGUGAAGAUGAAGCUGAGCGGCUGGAAGCCCGCCUGCCUCCGAUAAGCCACGCGGGAAACCCCGCGGGAAACCGCGGCCCCGGCAGAGAGAGUGCCCCUGAAUGGUGCCAUGGCUCCGCGCGAUCCGGGAGGAACAACAACACCCUGGGGUGGUGAGGCCAUCA